AUGUCUACCUCGAAGGAAUUUCGUCUUUUGGUGUCUGGAUAUAGCGCCUACUACUCACCCAUAAGCCGGAUCCCUGGAGAUCUACUUAUUGAGGUUGCGCUGUUCCUAGAGUCGCGUAAGGACAUCUUGAACUUUUCCUUGACGUCAAACUACAUAUUUUCCAAUGUGUCCUCAGUUCUCUACGAAAAAGUGGUGUUAAAGUCUGCAGAACAGUGCACAUGGACUCUUGGGAUGCUCGCUAGACGGGUCGAUGUUGCACGACAUGUUCGAGAGUUCAUCAUAAGCCUAUCCAAACCAUUCGUUUCCUUGAUCGACAACGCCACUGCGAGCGCUGCUGUCAGGAAAGUAGCAGGGGCAAUGCGUUUAGAUGCCUUGACAAAAUUCUGUUGGGAUGCAGAGGAGUCGCCAUACCAUGAGGAUAUGUGGUUUGCCUUGCGUAUGGGGUGUCCUCAAUUGCGCUAUAUCGGAACGUCCAUCGGCUCAGUUCUUCCUAACCUCAAUAGCCAUCUAUUUGACUUCGUUGACCUUCUUGGAUUUUCCCUAACGUUGAAGAACGCGUUUUACGAAAGUCACCUUGACAUGUUCCUCGACGAUGAUCAGCCAAUCUUUAAAAAGAUUUGCGAUAUGCUUACUCGCAACUGUCCCAACCUCGAAGAACUUGGUGUCGAGGGUUCUUCCUCUGUGCCCACGGACAUUCAUUGUCUGGUAGGGGGUCGGUGGCCUACGUUGAAGAAGCUAUCUCUCGGAGAUGUGUGCUGGGACUGGUUUCCAAGGUCAUCAAGCCCGGGGGAGAAGCGUCCUUUCGUCGCUUUUCUCGAGGCUCACGAAUACCUGGCAAGCAUCAGUUUGUCACGGCACACCAUUCAGCCCAUUCAUCUCUCUACCUUGAGCCCGGAAAGUUUAAGUGGUGUGACGUCCUUUUCAGGGACUCACCAACAACUCCAGGCCCUUCCUCACCUGCACUCUUCUUUGAAGUCUGUGACUUUUCGGGAUCCAGUGGAGACGCGCGAGGUAUCAUCAAUCACAGUGGCGAGCUUACUCCGGGACAUCACCAGUCUCACAGAACUGAAGGUUUCAUUCACUCUGCACUCGAUGUAUGACAGUGGCAACCUCCUUCGUUCUCUUGUUCAGGCGUGUCCAAAUUUACGCCACCUUGACUUGACAUGCGAGCAUAAGCCCUCUUUUCACCUGGACGCUUUUACCAAGGUCAUUCGCAGUGGUCUUCCCAAACUCCGCACCUUCUCUCUGAGUAUCGUCAAAUAUCCUGGAGAAGAAACACUUGCCUCAGGCGCCGCACGAAUUGCACAAAGUAACCCCCGUCUCCAAAAGUUUUCUCUCGCCUUCCUUCCCCCAGUCUACUCAACUCCUCUGCCAUUUUCACUCUCGUUUCCCUCCUUCCCAUUCCCCUCACAUGAAUCUGGUUCAUUUGAAAUUUCGUGCGAUCAGUAUGGUCUCCCUCUCAACCUCACUGCGCAUGAGAACCGUCAAAGGUUUUGGCCUUGGGGUCUUGGAGUUUCAACGAGGACAAAGAAGUACGUGAAGGAUCUGCGUCCCCUCAGCUCGCCGGGGCGGAGAAAGCAGGGUGUGCGUGGAUUCAUGAACUUGAUCUUUGAGAAAUCCUCAGCGGGUGAGGAGAUGCGAAUGAUCAUUUUCUGUGGAUUCUUGGUGUGCCUUGCUGUGUGGGGCUUCACCGGGGAGGGGUAG